AUCAACUAGAUGGAGACAAAGAAUAACUCUAUGAUAAAUGAAUUCAUUUUAUUAGGACUCACCAACUCUUGGGAACUAGAGAUUUUCUUUUUUGUCAUCUUCUUCUUCGCUUAUAUGUCAAUCUUGGCUGGAAACUGUCUUAUUAUACUUAUGGUGAUUUUUGACUCCCACUUACACUCAACUCCUAUGUACUUUCUCCUGGCCAAUCUCUCUUUUCUUGACAUAGUUCUUUCCACUGUGACUGUUCCCAAGAUGAUCAUAGAUUUCUUCAAAAAGAAGAAAACCAUCUCCUUUUGGGGUUGCAUGGCACAGAUAUUUCUGGCUCAUCUCUUUGGUGGUACUGAGACGACUCUUCUCAUAGUAAUGGCUAUUGACAGAUAUGUUGCAAUAUGCCACCCCCUCCACUAUACAACUAUCAUGAACUACCGAAUCCUUGUAGGAGGUGUAUUGCUCUCAUGGACUGUUGGCUUUGUGCAUACCAUGAGCCAAAUGGCCUUUAUGGUUAGUCUGCCCUUCUGUGGUCCUAAUGUGAUUGAUGAUGUUUUUUGUGACCUUCCCCUGGUCUUGAAACUUGCCUGCACUGACACCUCUGUUCUGGAAUUGCUUCUUGUUAUUUUCAGUGAGCUGCUUUCCCUAAUUGCCUUCAUUACCUUACUGAUGUCCUAUAUUAUUAUAUUAGUCACUGUCUGGCAUCGCUCUGCUAAUGGGCUCUCUAAGGCUCUGUCCACACUGUCUGCUCAUAUCACAGUGGUCAUUCUUUUCUUUGGGUCACUAAUCUUAAUUUAUGGUUUGCCAAUUAGUAGCUAUACAAUAGACAAAUUUCUUUCAGUGUUUUACUCAGUUAUCACUCCUCUCCUAAAUCCAGUAAUUUAUAGCUUAAGGAAUCAGGAGAUGAAAGCAGCUAUGACUAGACUGAGAAGCUGGAGCAUCAACUUUAAGCCAACCUUCUAA